UGGACCUGAGUAACAACCGCCUGCAGGAUUCUGGACUGAAGAAGCUGUGUCCUGGACUGGAGAGUCCACACUGUCACCUGGAGUCUCUCAGGCUGUCAGGCUGUCUGAUCUCAGAGGAAGGCUGUGCUUCUCUGGUCUCAGCUCUGAGCUCCAACCCCUCCCACCUGAGAGAGCUGGACCUGAGCUACAACCAUCCAGGAGAGUCAGCAGGGAAGCUUUUGUCUGCUAAACUAAAGGAUCCCCGCUGGAGACUGGACACUCUCAGGGUGGAGCCUGCUGGACAACGAUUUCUGACACCAGGUCCAUGGAAGUAUUCCUGUCAACUCACCAUCGACACAAACACAGUCCACAACAACAUCCAACUGUCUGACAACAACAGGAAUAUGAUGUUUGUGUGGAAGGAUCAGUCAUAUCCUGAUCACCCAGACAGGUUUGAUUACUGUCCUCAGCUGCUGUGUAGAGAAGUUCUGACGGGUUGCUGUUACUGGGAGGUCCAGAGGAGAGGAGGAGUUUCUGUAUCAGUGAGUUACAGAAGCAUCAGCAGGAAAGGAAACUCUGGUGACUGUGUGUUUGGAGGGAACCAUCAUUCUUGGAGUCUGAACUGUUAUGAUGAUGGUCGCUACCGUGUCUAUCACAAUAACAGAGGAACAUCUUCCUCCUCCUCUUCCUCAGUCUCUGACAGAGUAGCAGUGUACGUGGACGUUCCUGCUGGAACUCUGUCCUUCUACAGCGUCUGCUCUGACAGAUUGAUCCUCCUCCACACCUUCAACACCACAUUCACUGAACCUCUCUAUCCUGGGUUCUGGUUCUUGUUUGGUUCUGAUUCUUCAGUGUCUCUGUGUUGAGUUCAGUCUCCAGAGUCUCCUCCUGUCAGAGAAACUGUCUCUGUUGGACAGAUAGUUGAGUCUGUACAUGUCUGUCUCUGUUCCCAUCAGAACACCUGAAUCCAAAAGAAUUUCAUACUUUGACACCUAAUAUCUUAAUUUACAUGUGCAAAAAGGAGUAGGAAGAAGUGUAAACUUAUCUAGUCCUACUCCCAUUCACUAAUCCUAUAUUAACACGUAUUUAUAAUAACUAACUCUACUAUAUUAUACUCACACACUUACCUAUACAUACAUACACAUAGUUGAGUAUUUCUAUAUAUUUGUACACACAUGCCCAUAUAAAUAUCUAUAUAAAUAUACUUAUUUACACCAUACUAUCUUUAUAUUAACUCCAUCUGAUCUAUAUCUACAUAUAUCUACAUACACACA